AAUGACUUCAAUUUUGUUUCUUCUUAUAUUAUCAUUAUCAUAUAGCUAACUUUUUCUAUGACAUAAACUAACAUUUUAUCAUUAUCAUACAAUUAAUAUUUCCAAUCAAUUUUUUUUUCAUAAAAAAAAAGUUACUUUUGAUUAAAUUUGUUAUUUUUUUUAUAGCUUGUUUUUUCACCCAUAAAAAAAUUUGUUAAUCAUAUCGCGAGAUAAAUAAAAUUUAAUUAAAAAAAAUUUCCUAGAAAAGGUCAACCACUUGUGUCCAAUAAAUUUGGUUUUAGUUUGUUAAGAAUGAUUUCAAGAUUCCAUAUAAUUUUUUUUAAAAGAUUUUUAAUUUGAAUAUUUAAAUUGGAAAGAUAAAAUUGUAUCCGAUUCCAAUUAAAAAUUAGCUAUUUGGUAUAAACUACUAUUUUCUUCAUAUAGAAAAAAGUAUAGAUAAUAAUAAUAAUAUCUUAUUAUGAUCCUAUCCUAUCACAAGAAAACACAACACAACCUAUUGUUCUUAAAUUAAUCAUUCAUUCAACCUCUUCCAACACAAAAACAGAACACAUCACAAAAACCUCAAACCUUGCCGUUGAUGGAAAAUUGUCUUCGCCACCACUAUCUUACACUCAAACCUCACAUAGGAUUCUUCACAAAACCAAUUUCUUUUUCUUCUUCAUCAUCAUCAUCAUCUUCUUGUUUGAAUAUUAGGAACAGAGUACCCUUCAAGAAGUUGAUUGUAAAAGCGAGUGCUGGUGCUAGUCACUGUGAGUAUAGUAGUUUGAACUCACCUUUGUUACCACGUUCACAAGUUGGAAAAUUUCUUAGUGGGGUUUUUCAGAAUCAUCGUAGUCUUUUUCAUGUUGCUGUUCAAGAAGAACUUAAACUUUUGUCUGAUGAUCGUGAUGCUGCUGUUUCUCGUAUGAUUCUUGCUUCUGAUUCCGAUCAAGCCCUACUUCACAGGAGGAUUGCACAAAUUAAAGAGAAUCAAUGUGAAGUUGCUGUAGAAGAUGUUAUGUCCUUGCUGAUAUUUUACAAGUUUUCCGAAAUUCGGGUACCUUUGGUUCCAAAGCUUUCAAAAUGUCUUUACAAUGGAAGGCUAGAGAUAUUGCCUUCUAAGGAUUGGGAACUAGAGUCUAUUCACACCUUAGAAGUUUUGGAUAUGAUAAAGGAACAUGUAACUAACGUAACCGGCUUGAAAGCAAAAUCUAGUGUAACCGAGAGUUGGGCGACCACCAAAGUUCGACAAUUCUUACUCGCACGCGUAUACGUUGCUUCUAUAUUAUACGGCUACUUUUUGAAAUCAGUUUCCUUAAGGUACCAUCUAGAAAGAAAUCUAAAUUUGGCAAACCAUGAUGUUCAUCUUGGUCAUAGGAAUUCCCUCUCAUUUAAAGAUAUGUGUCCUUACGGAUUCGAGGAGGACAUCUUUGGCCAUUUGACUAACAUGCAAUCGAUCGGGCAAGGGCUAGUUCGACACGAAGAGGAAAUUGAAGACUUGAAGUGUUAUGUUAUGAGAUUCCACCCUGGAUCAUUGCAGAGAUGUGCUAAGUUGAGAUCUAAAGAGGCUGUGAAUUUGGUUAGGAGUUAUAGUUGUGCACUUUUUAACAGUGAAGGGUUUGAUUCAGCUGAGAAUGAUGAUGUUAUAUUGACUUCAUUUUCUAGUCUUAAGAGAUUAGUUUUGGAAGCUGUUGCUUUUGGAUCAUUCUUGUGGGAAACAGAAGAUUACAUUAACAAUGUAUAUAAGCUUAAGGAUCAUUAAGGUAGUGACAAAACACAGGAUAAGUUGCAAUAUUUGUUGAGCUAAUUCCUCUUGUAUAUAUAGUGAGUUUUUGUUUUUAGCUUUUCAGUUUUACUUUGGAUUAUGUUUAUUUUGUAUAGUACACAUUUACCUUAAAUAGUAUAUAGUUUUAAUGCUUAGA